UCACCCAGCCUUAAUGAGGUGCUAAUUGACAUCUUGUAAACUGAUAGAGGAGAGAAACAGGGAGAGUGAACAGCUCGUGGCCUUGUCCUGGUGUCUUCCUGGACUGUAGUGAUGUAUGGCCUCUCUCCUCGUGCUAUAUACACCAAUACUUUGAGAGCUGUUAUACACAGAGACAUGGAGACUAAUUGUCGCGACCGCAUACUGCAAGGAGGCGAGAACAAGGUAUACAUUGUUUUAGCUGAAGGUCGGCAAGAUAUGCUGCAGACUGGUAGCAAGGCGAAGGCUCAAGCAGGCUGAAGAUUAUAAAGUGGAAUUUCAUGGUUUGGCAACACAUGACUGCUUUCUAGUAAAAAAUUUCACUGAAUUCACAAGAUUUGUAUUUGUAUUUUAAGAUGGCGGCCGUUAGGAGGCAGAAAGCAAAUGAGACAGUUUUCGACAAAUCCUUACCGUCAAAGUCCAAACCAGAAGUUAAUAUCAGUACUUUUGCCUUCUUGUUCUCUGAAGUUGUUCAGUACAACCAGCAAAGGGUUACCUCAUUAGCCCAGCUUCAUGAAAAAUUGGCUGAUUUAGGGCGUCAUGUCGGUUUCAGGAUGAUUGAUUUGUUGUGUGUGAGGGACAGAGCUCCGAAAAGGGAAACAAGAAUCGUGAACAUUUUGUGGUUCAUACAAAAGACAGUCUGGAAGACUUUGUUUGGUAAAGAAGCUGAUCGGCUGGAGCAGGCAACAGCAACUGAAGCAACUUAUUAUUUAUUUGAGGACGAGCCACUAGUUAAUAAGUUUGUCUCAGUACCAAAGGAGCAAAGCAGCUUCAAUUGUGCUGCCUUUAUGGCCGGGACUGUGGAGGCAUUUCUCUGUGGAGUACAAUUUCCUUGUAGAGUGAAGGCUUUCCUAGUUAAGGAACAGACUACAACGGCUUUUGAAAUAACUUUUGAAGACUCAGUGAUAGAGAGAGACAAGAGAUUGGAGGCGAACAAAUAAGAAUAGCUUAAACCACAACAUUUAUUAUUAUUAUUAUUAUUAAUAUUGUUUUUAUGUUUUAAAGUAUGCAAAUAAUU